UCGUCAGUAACAAGCUUGCAAACACCACCGAUAGCAGAUAGAUCAACAAGCGCAGACCGUUCGUCGUCAGCUUGCUGUUGUUUGUAUUAUCUAAACCAUUCGAUAGAGCCUGAUUUUAAGUGAAAGAUGAAGGUGCGAAUCGUUCAGGCAUUGGCGAUAGUGACCGCUUUCGCCACCGUUGAUGGAUUGCAGAAGAUUGCAAUAGCAUUACACCCGAGGUUGGACGAGCUCGAUAGGAUAGACGAGUUCAAUGAUGUCAUCGGAUCCGUGAAACUGAACCGUAGUAAUUUUGAACAACAACUGAAUUCGUCCCAGUACAAUUUGGUGCUAUUCUACGCUCCAUGGUGUGAAUACUGUUUGAAGAUCUUACCGGAAUGGGCCGAAGCGACGAAGAUGAUGAGUGGCCGGUUUGCUGAUCUCGUACGAUUCGCUCAAGUGGACUGUAUUGCGGAAGAGACGUUGUGUUUUAGGUUGGAUAUCAAAGAUUGUCCGACCGUACGGGUUUAUAAACGAGGACCACCGACACGGUUUGAAUUGGUGCAACCAUACGCACUGGAGGAUACGGUCGAAUACAUGCAGGAUUAUCUGUUCAAUUCGUUGGAGAAUAGUGGCAGUGGUAGGAGGGAUUAG